CAUUCUGUAUCUGAUAAACAAAAAAGUUAGCUUUUUUAAUUCAUUCAUUUGUGGUUUCUCUGCUCACCUCGGUUUCACAAUGAGUCAAGGAUAUCAGGGAGAUGGAGAUUUAAACACUUGAUUCACCAGGCUAAUCAACGGAGAUGGAUUCGACAAGAAAUCCCGGAGUUGUAGACAAACAGAGUAUAAGCUCACCCGAAAAUCUGGUGAUCCAUGCGUAUGACGGGAGAGUUGUCACCAGAAUCAGCAUUGGUACACAGUCUGAAAGGGGGCAUGAGGCAGGAUGCAGUCAAGACUAUAAAGACCCAAACCAAGAAGCAUCAAAAGCUCCUCACGAGAAUUUGAGGUUGACAGAUGAGCAGCCGGGUGUGUCAAGGAGCAGUAAAGACACAGAAGAUGGUUUACAAAGACAAACUCAGAAUGAGAGCGUUCCUAAAAACAUGGAGUCUGAGUUGGAGAUAUCCCCAGAUAAUGAAGCGUUGGAUUUGUUCGUCAUGGAAGCUCCCCAAACUCCCGAAUCUCCCGCAGCCUGCCAAGGAGAAACAGAGGCAUCUUUAACUAAUCUGGACGAGAUCUUAUACUCAAGUGGAUCAGAGUCAUCAGAGGAGCCAUCAGAGGAGCCAUCAGAGGAGUUGCUGCAGACUAGGUUAAACUUUCUCUGCGAGUACUGCAAGAAGCUGAAGAAACCCCCAGUGAGCAGUAUUCAGAUAGCCAACAGUUUUGACCCAGAAGAGUAUUUCUGCUGUGUGAAGGCAUAUGAGUUAUCGCAGGGUUUUCUGGAGGCUGCAGAGGUUAUCACUGAAGAAACCGUGACUGAUGGGGACCCAGAGAUGCAGGAAGAUCAAAGGCUGGAUGAUUUUGAAUUUGAAAGCUCAGAUCCUCAGACCCCUAAAGCAGGACACAAACACCAAGUAUCUCUCUGCCUACACGACCGACUAUCUGAUGCUUGGACUGCCACGAAGGACGAUUCAUGCCCUGAAAUAGAAAUCAUAGAUUCGGAGAACGCUUUCUCUUUCAGUGGAACAAAUGCUGGACAGAAGAGGACGACGCCAUUUGUCAGACACUACAACAACGGUCAGACAUUUAUUGUGAUUUUUCCAGAUGGAACUGGGCAGGUUUGGUAUCCAUCAGGACAGCUUGCUAUUCUUCUUGCCGCACAACCUGCUGACUGGUGGUGUGUGGUGGUCCUGGAGGACAAACAUCUGCAGCCUCGCGUUCAGGCAGUUUUCACCAACAGAGGACAGAGUACCUGUUAUCACAACAAUGGCUGUAUUUGGGUGAAUCUGGCUCCAUGGGGAGGCACCUACUGCAGCGACACAGGAUAUUUGAAGAAAGACUGGGACUGGCUGGACAAUACGCGUCAUGUUCAUGCUCCGCCCAUCCAGCCCCUCUACCUGACACUGAGCCCUAACAUCAACGUCCGCUUCCAAUCCCAAGAGCACAUCUGCAUCACUUUCAUCUCUGGAGACCACAUUGUACGGCUUAAUGUAGGGGCAAAUUUGAAACCGGAUCAAGGCAAAGGUCUAACGCUGCCGGGGCCUGACACGCUUCAGAGGUAUCUGCAGCAGAAGAGUGCAGAGAUCAAUGCCCUGCUCCAGAACAUCCAGUCUCUCAUCGCCUAUCAAAAGACUGUCAGUCGACGGAAGGUCAAGCCCCGGUAAAGCCUCAUCUCACAGAUGGAAAGACGGCGGCUGCCAAUGAAAACGGCAACAGUCUGCCAAGAAGACCCCCCAAAGCCGAUGAUGUCCUUGAAUAGCGGUUUCUCAUUUGUGUGAAGGGACUCGAACUCUAGCGUUCAGAAAAUCUGAAUUCAAUAACAAAGUGCUUUCUAGCAAAUAAAACCCAAAAAGAA